UUAGAUCUACUGCAACAGUUUUCGAUUUUGUUUAAACUAAAAACAAUAAACUGCAAAAAUAUCAACUGUUUCUCAAAAGUGAAGAAAGUUCUGCUGUUUCUUAUUUAUACAACUAUUGGUUGUAACAUAGAGAUAAGUUUAUAGAGGAAAAUCACUUGGGAUAAUGACGUGCUAUAGGACAUUAAAUGUAAUGGUCAAAGUGAUUGUUUUCUGCUUGGUCUGGUCUGGUGAUAUAUAUGUAGCAGCAUCAGGAUCAGACACCAAAGAUAUAGAGAAUGACAAUUCAUUGUCUAUUCCUCUGAUAAGCGACAAGGGAGCACCACUGGUUGCCAUGCUAGAUACGAAUACCAUCAACAGGAAAAUCAAAGUUUACAUCAGAACACUUAUGAGAGAAACUAUUCAAAAUGCUGUGCAAGAGCAAAUUCAGGAUAUUUUUAAAACAUCAUUUGACGAAAACUCAACCAUAGACUUUAUCAGAAAUAUGACCAUGCAGGGAAUAAAUGAUAUUUUGAAGGAACAAGGACAAGUGAAACUGUUAGAAUCUGUGCGGAAUCAAGAAAUAAAUAAUGGGCGAAAAUCAUUUGACGAGGAUUCGAGGGUGGACGACAUUUUGUAUGAAUUACAAGGUCAGUUUCUCAUUUUGGUCUUUUAA